AUGUCGGACAAGCUCACGCGUAUCGCCAUCGUCAACGACGACAAGUGUCGUCCGCGCAAGUGUCGCCAGGAAUGUAAGAAGUCUUGCCCCGUGGUACGCAGCGGCAAGCUCUGCAUCGAGGUGUCGCCGACAUCCCGACUUGCCUUCAUCUCCGAGACGCUGUGCAUUGGUUGUGGUAUCUGCCCCAAGAAGUGUCCCUUUGAUGCCAUCACCAUCAUCAACCUUCCCACCAACUUGGAGAGCCAGGUCACCCACCGCUAUGGGCCCAAUGCCUUCAAGCUGCAUCGUCUCCCCAUGCCUCGCCCUGGCCAGGUCCUGGGUCUGGUCGGAACCAACGGUAUCGGCAAGAGUACCGCUCUGAAGAUCCUCAGCGGCAAGCUCAAGCCCAACCUGGGCCGCCACGAUAACCCCCCCGACUGGGAGGAUGUUAUCAAGCACUUCCGUGGCUCCGAGCUCCAGAACUACUUCACCAAGUUGUUGGAAGACGAUCUCAAGGCUGUUGUCAAGCCCCAGUAUGUCGACCAGAUCCCAAAGGCUGUGCGUGGCACUCAGAAGAGCGUGCGCUUCCUCCUCGAGAGCCGCGCGACCCUCGGCAACACGGAGCAGGUCACCAACACACUCGAGCUGCAGCACUUGAUGGACCGUGAUAUCAACCUCCUCUCUGGUGGUGAGCUUCAGCGCUUCGCUAUUGGUACCGUGUGCGUCCAGAAGGCCGACGUCUACAUGUUCGACGAGCCUUCCUCGUACCUAGAUGUGAAGCAGCGUCUCAGUGCCGCCCAGAUUAUUCGCUCGCUGCUGCGUGACGAUGACUACGUCAUCGUGGUUGAGCACGAUCUGUCCGUUCUCGACUACCUGUCCGACUACAUCUGCGUUCUGUACGGUCGUCCCGCUGUUUACGGUGUCGUCACCCUCCCGUACUCUGUGCGUGAAGGUAUCAAUAUCUUCCUGGACGGUCACAUUCCCACCGAGAACUUGCGCUUCCGCGAGGAAUCCCUCAUUUUCCGUAUUGCGGACACAGUGGAGGAAUUUGCCGUCGACAAGUCUCGCGCAUUCAAAUACCCCGCCCUGGAGAAGAAGCUGGGCAACUUCAACCUUCGUAUCGAUGCUGGUGACUUCACCGACUCUGAAAUCAUCGUCAUGAUGGGUGAGAACGGUACCGGAAAGACCACUUUCUGUCGCCUGCUUGCGGGCGCCCUCAAGCCUGACAGCAAGAAGUCUGUCCCGGAGAUGAAGAUCAGCAUGAAGCCCCAGACCAUCACGCCCAAGUUCGAGGGCACCGUUCGCCAGCUCUUCUUCAAGAAGAUCAAGCAGGCAUUCCUGUCUCCUCAGUUCCAGACCGACGUCGUGAAGCCCCUCAAGCUCGAGGACUUUAUUGACCAGGAAGUGAAGAACCUGUCGGGUGGUGAAUUGCAGCGCGUGGCCAUUGUGCUUUCGCUCGGUAUGCCCGCGGACAUCUACCUGAUCGACGAGCCCUCGGCCUACCUCGACUCUGAGCAGCGUAUCAUCGCCUCGCGCGUCAUCAAGCGCUUCAUCAUGCACUCCAAGAAGACCGCUUUCAUUGUCGAGCACGACUUCACCAUGGCUACCUACCUCGCUGACCGUGUCAUUGUCUUUGACGGCCAGCCCGGUAUCGACGCUCACGCCAACAAGCCCCAGUCCCUCUUGACUGGCUGCAACAGCUUCUUGAAGAACCUGAACGUCACUUUCCGUCGCGACCCGACCAACUUCCGCCCUCGCAUCAACAAGCAGGGAUCUCAGCUGGAUCAAGAGCAGAAGCUGAGCGGCAACUACUUCUUCCUGGAAGAGAACGCUGCCGCUACGGAGAAGAGCUCUUGA